AUGUCUACCAACACUCUUGACAAUUGUCUACCAUCCCGCCUGCUGUCGCCUAAGACUCCAUCGCCAAAAAAAAGUUUCAGGAAGCACAACCAAGAUGAAGACGAUGAGGCACCUAAAAAGUACCUGUCAACUCUGAAUGCAGGUGAUACCCCUGGAUCAACGUGCCAAAGCGAUCUCGAAGACCAGCCGGUUGUAUCCAAAAUGCCUGAAAAGAAUGACCAUUCCUCCAAGGUUCCCCGCAACAAAACCACAAUCAGCUUGAACAGGGCCUAUCCACGUUCCCGACGCGAUCUGGAGGCAGAGAUUACUGUUUGGCGUGAAAUAGCCAUCGAGGCAACAAGAGAAGCUGUGGCCUAUAAGAAUCAGCUUUGA